AUGAUCACCCUGUCGCCGCCAAGCAAGACGAGCUUGCUUUGGAGGUCAUGCCCCCAAAGGCGCAGCUGGCAGAGAUCAAGGAGUUCGACAGUCAAUCACGCUUCGCUCAAGUGGGACCUACAGCUGAAAGAGAUUGAGCGCAAGGUCGACGCCGUAUGCCAGUUUCUCCCUACGGCUGCCCCUACCAGUGUUGUUCGUGGUGAAAGCCCCGAAGACUCCAAGCCUGGCUCCGACUACGAGAAGCUAGCGAUGAGGCUCCAUCGAGACCUCAUGCGGGGCGAAGGCUUCUGGAAGACAAUGGUGCCAUCGACCAGCGGAACAGGUCAGAUCGAGGACGACAUGGCUAGAAUGGGUAUAACUCAAGGCAAGCGGGUGCACUUUUCUACCCUACCAUCCGUGAACCUCCUUCGCGGUCCCAAUGAGUGGAUCGAUGCUCUGAUGGCCGAAGCUCUUGAGGUCGACCGCACGCUUCCGACGGUACCUAAGCGACUGUCCCCUCGGCUUGGGUCUCAUCACAGAUGCCCCCCUGUUCAUCGACUGCCGCAACUCCUUCUGCCAAGUCGACCUUGUCACGCACUCCAAGAGGAACUGGGACCAGAUCAAAGCCGCGUUCGACUUCCUUGCCGACUUGAUCAAGAUUUAGGGUUAGGAGGCAGUGUCAAGGUCUGA